AAGCUAAAACGUCACGACAUCAAGUUGUUUUUGUAUUUCAGUUAAUAAAACCGGUUUUUUGUUGAUUAGUUUACUAAAGCGUAUAUAAGAUAAAUAUAUAUAAACUUUCCAAGUGCCGAUGUCUUGCAUUUUAUUGUCGACAAUCAGCUUGGGACGUCGCUCGCUGCCGAUAAUCGCAAAGCGUUCAAUUUUACUUAAUCGUAAUUAUUCUUAUAAAACCGAUAUGGCGAAUGUUGAUAUUCCGGGUCGCACGCUUCACUAUGUGCUCAAGAUUGGAAAUCGUGGAAAAAAUGCAUAUUUCUUCCGAGAUAUACUCGGGAUGAAGGUGCUUCGACAUGAAGAGUUUAAAGAAGGCUGUGAAGCGCAAUGUAAUGGACCUUACGACAACCGGUGGAGCAAAACUAUGAUUGGCUAUGGACCAGAAUCUUCUCAUUUUGUAAUUGAGCUCACUUACAACUAUGGUGUAAAAGAAUACGAAUUGGGUAAUGACUUCGGCGGUAUCACUAUUAAGUCCAAAGAGACUAUUGAACGAGCGCGAUCUCAAAACUAUCCUAUUUCACAGGAGCAAGAUUUACAUGUAUUAACAUCGCCUGAUGGCUAUAAAUUCUAUAUAAUUGAAGAGCCUCAACCUCAAGGAACUGAUCCUGUAAUGAGCGUCACUCUACACUCAAGCAAUUUGGCGGCAUCUAAAACGUAUUGGCAUGAAUUAUUAAAAAUGAAAGUGGAGGUCGAAGAUUCUAGUGCAAUAACACUGUUCUAUGGCGAAAAUCAAGCACGUUUAACUUUGAAAAAAUUAACCGAUCCUAUCAAUCGGGCUAAAGCAUAUGGUCGCAUUGCGUUUGCCGUGCCGUUAAAUGUUCAACCUGCAAUUGAUGCGAUUAUUCAGCAAGCAAACGGCACUAUAUUGACCCCUCUAAUUACGCUUGACACGCCGGGAAAGGCGACGGUGCGUGUUAUCAUCUUAGCGGAUCCAGACGGACACGAAAUAUGUUUUGUUGACGAGGAAGGAUUUUCGGAAUUGUCAAAAGUGGAAGAGGAUGGUGAUAAGAAUCUGACGAAAUAUAUUCAGAAAGAUCCCUUCCAAGAGAAAGAAUAAAUUACUAGUUCUUAAUAUGUAAUUCGAAUUUAACUACAAAAUAAUAUGUAAUAAAAUUACACUAAAAUUGAA